AUUGAAGGAGUUCCAAGACAUUCUUCCGGACGAUCUUCCGAACGAGCUACCGCCAUACCGAACGCAUCAACACGAGAUCGUGGAGGAACCGUGUUCGAAGCUGACCUUCCAAGCACCAUAUCGGCUCAGCCCUACGGAGCUGACCAACAUGAAAAAACAGAUCAAGUAUCUCCUAGCCAAAGGACUCAUCCGACCAUCCACUUCGCCAUACGGUGCCCCAGUACUCUUCACAUCGAAACCGGACGGAAGCCUGUGCAUGUGCAUCGACUACCGAGCUCUUAACAAGCAGACCAUCAAGAAUAAAUAUCCAAUACCACGAAUCGAUUACCUGCUUGACCAGCUUCGGGAAGCUACGGUAUUUUCCAAACUGGAUCUGCGGUCCGGAUACUGGCAGAUACGAAUGGCGGACAACUCUAUCCACAAAACUGCUUUCCGAACUCGGUAUGGAUCGUACGAGUAUUUGGUAAUGCCGUUCGGACUCACCAACGCACCGGCAACGUUCCAAGCCGAAAUGAACCACAUUCUACAACCACUUUUGGAUGAGUGCGUGGUGGUGUACCAGGACGACAUCCUCAUCUACUCGCGCGACAUGAAGCAGCACAUCGAACACCUGCGACGCGAAGCCGUGGAGCAGCUGAAACAAGCACUCACGUCCGCACCAGUACUCAUCUUGCCAGAUCCCGAACGCGACUACGUAAUAGAAGCUGACGCCAGCAACCAGGCAGUGGGAGCAGUCUUAAUGCAAGAUCAAGGGAAUGGACUGCAACCAGUCGCCUACCUGAGUAAGAAACUACACGGGGCAGAACUCAACUACCCGAUACACGACAAGGAGGCCCUGGCUAUCAUCAUCGCCUUCAAAGCGUGGAGAUAUUAUCUCGAAGGACGAAGAACAACUCUCUACACCGACCACUGCAGCCUGAAAUACUUGAAGACACAACCCAACCUUUCCAGGAGGCAGGUCCGGUGGAUCGACUUCCUCGAGACACACUUCCACUACGACAUCGUGUACAAGCCCGGCCACAAAAACAAAGCAGACGCUCUCAGCCGGCCUGCACACCGGUCAUGACGCAAUCCUUGUCGUUAUGGACAA